AUGAUCUUCCACAAAGUUCGAGAUCGACCAAUAGGAUCGCGUCAUUGCGACGCUAUCCCAUCCCUGAAGAGGAACGAAGUCACUUGGAGCGAGCCGCGCAGUCGCGACGCCGUGAUGAGUGUGUGGUUUGUGUGCGUCCCAAAUGAAGGCAACGUCUCGUCCGAGUCCACUUUUCUGUCACUGAAGGCAGAAACUGCGUCCAGCCGUCACGAUUACGCUGAGUGUAUCCGCGUGGAGCUGCCGUCCGAUCUUUUGGUGGGAACGCUGGACUCGCUCAUGGCGCUGAGUGACGACUUAAGCCGCGUGGAUAUGGUCAUUGAGAGCGUCGUGCGAAAGAUCGAGCGCCAGUUCCAUGAUCUCAAUCGAGACAACCAGGAUCUUACUGUUGAUGGAGUGCCGGUAGAGCGCUAUUUGAUCUAUUUCUCGUGGGACGAGGCCAAACAUCCACACCGUCGACCACUACCUGAGAUCGUCAGUAUCAUUCAAUCGUCACUGGGCAAGAUGGAAGAGGAGAUAAAGCAACUGGGCACACGCUAUGCUGAAAAGAAGCAACAACUUGUUGGCCUGCAGCGCAAAAAAGGAGGCAAUCUCAUGGUGGCGAAUCUGAACGACGUGCUGACGCCUGACGUCGUAUCCGCGUCCAACUUUGUCAAUACCGAGUAUCUGCAGACGCUAGUGGUGAUCGUGCCCAAAAACCUCGAAGAGCAGUGGUUGCUGGAAUAUGCACAGAUCGGUGACCAGAUUGCAGAGUAUGGCCCCAAGGGCUCACGGUCGAAUACACGCGGAUCUCCGGUCGUGCCUGGGUCAUCGCGCAAACUGAUGGAAGAGGGUGACUCAUCAGUGUACACGGUGACGUUGCUGAAGGGCCAAUACCAGCCAGGAUUUCUAGACAAGGAAGGGAAUUUUGGGCCCGGGACGACCGUAGACUAUAUUGAGGAUUUCAAAGCGCGCGCUAAAGAAAAACGCUUUGUUGUGCGGGAGUUCGACUUCCGCCCGAUGAGUCACGCGUCUACCGAAGAAGCUAUUGCCGAACUGGAAGUGGAGGUGGAUCGGCUCUGCUCUGCUCUUCUCCGUUGGUGCAAAGCACACUUCGGAGAGGCGUUCAUUGCAUGGAUGCACAUCAAGAUCAUUCGCGUUUUUGUUGAGUCCGUGCUUCGUUAUGGCCUUCCCGUGAACUUCGUACUUGUCAUGUUCAAACCUCACCCAGGCAAGGAGAAAAAAUUGCGCUCAGUGCUGGCAAAGAAGUAUGCACACUUGCAGCCGGCUCAGUUUUCUGGUCUCGAAGAAGGCACGUCAGGCUCAUCACAAGCUGAGUUCUUUCCCUAUGUCACGAACUCCUUCCACCCACUCACCACUACCUAA